UCAGCAGCAGCAUUAAAAAUGAUUUUAACUACAGUAUGGACUCGAAUUGCAACCGAUUUUCGUCAGAAGGAAUUGUUGCCUCUCAAACUUUUAUUUUUUAUCAACGUUUCAACUUCUGUUGUUCUUUACCCGUACCUGACAAUCCACAUGAGAGAAUUGGGAAUCGACGUGGAAGAAACGGCUGUGAUGAACGCGGUAACACCAGUCAUUUCAAUUAUAAUGCCACCCUUGGCGGGACUUGUAGCUGACAGAAUAGGAAAUUUCAGGGUGCUUUUAUCCAUUUUCUCAGCUCUUGGCGGCGUCUCGUCGUUGCUGCUGCUGUUGGUGCCGGUCGGCCGGUUUGACAUGUCGUACCCAACGCGAAUUCCUCUCGCCCUGGGCUGCGGUGAGAUCAACCUGAGCGCCAUCUCGCCGCUGCAGGUGACCCUGCUGAAGGAACCUCCAUGCAACCUGCGGAUAAACAUGAGCGAGCCAAUCGGCAUCGCGCUCGAGUCCUGCGGGCUCGUUUGCCAGGCGCCCCUCACCCUAGAUCUCGAUCAGGUCACCUCGGUGCCCGUCUACAGGGUGGACGUCACUCACGAAGGACAAACGGACGACUACUGGUACGCGCCGUCAGUGGUGCUCAGCAAGUUGAAAACACCAAAUGCCAGUGAUCCACGCUUUGCAAAGGUGGAUCAUCCUCAAUACUACAACGAGGCGAUCAGGGUAAUUGCGUAUGAUCAUGUUUACUUCCCAACUUCAACCAUAUACAACAUUACUUGCUUGAGAGACAAGUGCUACUUCAUGGACGGCGACGUCAGCUUCCACGCUUCCAUCCAGUAUUCGACGAAUGAUUUCUUCACCAAAAAGUUCCUCUUCAAGAAGGUGAACGCGUCUGAUAGCGAAACAGUUGUUUCGAUUUUCUCAAACGACCUCGCAAACCACAGCCGAGCAAAGCGACACUCCGGCAAGAACGUGACCAACAUCGACGAUCCGCUCACAAAGCACGACCAGGCAAUCUUUGAACUGUUUUUCAACAACACGACACUGAAGUGCGAGGACCCACUGGCCCUGCGCGACCUAGUAGUGGCGAUGCCCACAAUCGGAGUUAACCUCCGCUCAUGCCGUCCCCUGUGCCUGGCGUCGAUGCCCCGCAAGCAAAUGUGCUCCAACCUGAAGAGGGAGAAGGUGUUCGACCCGAAACUCACUUUCUGGUGCUACCUGGGCAUUAGGACGUUCAAUAGCAUCAUUGGCAGCACUGCGGUUGCCAUGUUUGAAGGGGCUUUGAUCGCUAUUCUCAGAGAGUUCAAGGCGGACUACGGACUGCAGAGAAUCUACGCCACUAUUGGAGGCAUGAUUAGUGCCCCUCUCACCGGAUUGCUCAUUGACUACGUUUCUGCAGGGAAGGAUUACACCGAUUUCAGACCUUCAUUUUACCUGUAUGCGGUUUUGAAAGUACUCGGUGGCUUGCUGGUAUUAACUAUCAGACUGGACUUCAAAGCACCAGCCCCUGGUGUUGUGAAGGGCGUGUUGAAGGUUCUUAAGAACGUGGAAAUCCUCGCGCUGAUUUUUGUCUGCUUCCUAUUGGGAAUCGCUUUGGGCUUCUUGGGGAGUUUCCUCUUUUGGCUCCUGCAAGAUUUAGGCGCGUCGAGGUCCCUGAUGGGUCUCACAAUCACGGUUGGAGGCUUGGCUGGUCUUCCUUUGUUGGCCUUGUCUGGGCCGAUAAUUGAAAAAUUUGGUCAUGCUAACAUCAUCUGCCUCGGAUUUGUCAUUUACGUCAUCAGAUUAAUCGGUUAUUCCCUUCUGUACGAUCCGUGGAUCUGUCUGCUUUUCAAUGCCAUGGAGGGCGUCACCUCAGCGCUGACAUUCACGGCGGUGGUCACCUACGCGGCCGGCCUCUCAAACUCUUCUGUGGACUCCAGUAUUCAAGGACUCGUUGGUGGCACUUACCACGGAGUUGGAAGGGGAGCUGGAAGUUUAAUCGGUGGAUUCAUGAUCAAGGCGAUUGGAACGCGGCCGACGUACCAGUUCUUCGCUGCUGCGUGCGCUGCCUUUGCUGCGGCGUACUAUCUCUUCCACAAAUAUUACACACAGAGGCGGCCAACUCGCCAAAUGAACGACAUCUCGAAGCCAAACGAACCCAAGAUACAGAUGGAAAAGGUCAAGGAGGAGAAUGUGAUACCGUCCGAACAAAGCAAUGGUGCCGUUAUUGACGAGAAAAAGAAAGAGCCCGAUAACAAUGAAAUCGAAAAUCAGGCAUUUGAAAUCGAGGAUGUGGAGAAGAGGUUUAAGGAUAAUGAGAAAAGGGUGAGCUGAUUAAUUUUGCCGCGGCAAAAUGUGAUUCGGCUGUUAAUUGAACGCUACUAUGAAAUGUGCGAUAUUUUAAAUAUUACUUUUUAUCAAUCAAUUUGUUUAUUAAACACAAGUUUGUGUACAACAGAUUCUAUUAUGUAACAAAAUAUGCGGUCAGUCAUUUGGCUGGCAAUUUUGCAGCAUGAGUCAGACUCAUAUAAUUUUUUUUCACAGCUCAAAAAGCGAUAGAAUUCCAUACUCUUAUCACAAAGUUUACAGACACAGCCAGGAAGAGCUUCACUAUGAAAUUCUUUAAUUUUACACAGUAGAUGGUGAAAGCCGUGACAAGCAUGACGUGUUUGCGUGUGCCUGUUUGUGUAGCACACAGCUUUCCAACUCUGGUCAAGGCGUGUCGAAAAACCCCGGCUCAAUCAGGAAUAUCUUAAACCACUGGUUUUGAAUGAAUUUGUUAUAAUUUGUGGUGUGAGGAAGAGCAAAUCUAUCAGCUAAGUCAUCUUCAAACAAACUAGUGUCAGCCAGUUUGUAAGACAAUCAUUACAUUUUAUAAUCUAUUUUUACAGAGUUAAAUUUUUAAAGAACGGCUUGUGAUCAUAUUUUACCUGGUUGGCAACAAAGUCUAAGUCAAGAGUGAAAUUAUUUUUCAUUGCUCCUUUUCCCCUACUGCCUCUUAUGGCAUAGAAGUUAUUUGGCCGUAUCUUACUAUGAAAGAUUUUGAAACAUUAGAGCGAGUCAAAACACGAUAUUUAAAGAAAGAGCUGGAGAUCUCUAAAUACAAUAGAUCGCGUUAUGUAUAUGAACUAUUGGCCAAAGACUUUAACUUUUUUGUUACAGAUCUAAGAAUGAAAUGUGAUCUCCCUGAAACUGAUAACUAUAAGAAGUUUUUUAAUAUAAAGAUUAAAAAUGGACGCUUGAUUUGUGAUGCAUUUUAUGAAACACAAACAAUGUUAAAUGGGAAUUGGAGGGUGCCAAAUUUUGAGGAUAAACAUAUGUAUUUAUUCGAUUUGCAUGCAAUGGAUAUCACUAUUUGUUCUGUUCAAUUCAGAUGUAUCAUUAUGAACUCCAGGAUAUUUGUAAAUGUUGAUUUUGUGGUGAGCAGUGGAAAAAGUAUCAUAUUUUGAAAUGUUUAGCAAAAAGAAUUAGUUUAAGAGAAGCGGCAAAGAGUUGUAAGAAUUGAUUGUAGGAUUAGUGUCGCACGCGUAUGCGUUUAAUAAUAAAUUCGAUAAAUUCAUUCAUUCAAUUGCACCUUUUUUGCAAAUAAGGAUUGUAAUAAAAGUUGAUUUUUACUCCGAAUGAGCGUACUUGUUUAUGAAAUGACCUCCUAGGGAGCAUGGCUAGUGUGAAAAAUACAAGUCUUUAUUGCAGCGGCGUGUGACCAUUGCGAUCUUGGCCUGUUUGGUUGAAUUAAAAUGACUGGUUUUGUAUGGGAACGAAUAUUUAUUGCGGUAGCAGGAGAACAUAACCUGUAUUAGACGUGUGUAGGAAACAUCGUCGGCGCGCAUAAAUAAUUACACUCCUAAAAGGUA